GUCUGUCGCUUAGUCGUCGUCUUAGAUUCGUGUCGUUCACUUCUGUGUGUUUUUUUUAAAUUGUUAGCCACCAUUUUUUAUUUUUUAAAUAUUUUUUUGGCAAUGAAGAAGUUGCAAGUUAAGGCUCCGAGCAAUUCGCGCAAAGAAAUUGGCAGCAAAAUUUUCGCACAAAUGGAAUCUGCAUCCGCAUCCGCAUCCGAGUCGGAAUUCGAGUCGAAUGGCGAAGAGUCCGAGAAAGAUGAAGGAGAAGAAGAAGAGGAUGUGUCAGAUGCCCCAAAGAGUACUAAUGACGACAUUGGAUUUGACCGUGUGGGUCAUCCCGAGGCUUCAUCACCUUACCCCUUUCCCACUCCGCCGCCCGAUGCCGGAACGAGGAUGGCAGCGCGCAAGACCUCUGUGAUCUCGGAGAUACUUAUGGCCAUCGAAGCGUUGGAUAAUAAGGCCGGAUCAUCGGUUAAGGCCAUUGUCAAGUACAUGAAGAGCAAUGGUCACGAAGUGACUGACGAAAGUCGCUUUGGCAGGCAAGUGCUGCGGUCGCUUAAGCUCUGCAUUACCAAGGGGCAGGUGGAACAGAUUAAGCGUUCUUUUAAGCUCACAAAAGCACCCAAGAAUCGGCGUAAGUCAGUGGAGAAUUUGAGGGCACAUCAGGCACUGGAAAAGGCCAAGGAGAAAGCCAAAGAGAAGGAGCGAAAGGCGCAGGCCAAGAAGGAGGCCAAAGAGGCCAAGGACUCCGCAAAGGCGAUGGAAAAGGCAGCAAAACAACCCAGCAAAAAGAAGAAGGCUGCUGCAGAGGUCUCCAUUGAGAUGGUCUCCUCCCCAUCAGCGCCCACUGCGAAGAACAAUUCCAAGUCCAAGUCCAAGACCAGGGCCAAACAAAAUAAGCCACGAAAAUCGAUUGGAACUCUGGCCAAACCCAUGGUCAAGUCCAAGGUAAAUGUCAAGGCUGUUAAGCAGCUGGUGGCCGGCAAGGGCAAAGAUCUCUCCGAGCUCGGCGAUGAUCUCGACGCUGGAGCCAAUAUGCUGGAGGCGCAGGCCACCUCAACUCCCCAGCUGGUGGCAAAAGCUACGCGCAAGCGCUAGUAACGGGGUGCUUAAAUUUUCCCCUUUCUUUUGUAUGUUUAUUAUCAAGUUAAAUUAAUUGUUUUGUAAA